GACCUGCAACACAAAGGCAUCACCGAACGGCGGUGCGGGUCGCCAUUGCUACUCCGACCCUGCACCACACCAUCAUCCCUACCGAUGGCGACUGCGAACCUACCCCCGACCGCGUAUGUUCCGGUAGGCAGCGAAUUCGACGGAGGGCGACCCCUAGGCGAAAGAGUCCGUUUCAACGGGGUGGGCGGCGUCAGGAAGGAUUGGUGGUGGCAGCCAGGACCGGUUGAUUCGUGCUGCUGCUGUUUCUCUCUUGCCGCAGGUGUGGCAGUUCUAGCAGCCCUCGAUAUCAUUGUUCUGGGGGCCAUGAGGCUGUAUUACGUGAGCUUCGUAACCGGGGACGCUGGCCUCAAGCAACUGCUUGCGGGUUUUGAGAAAAAGUACGCCGAGGAGUGCGAAGAUGUUGCCGAGGCGUCGGCCGACUGUCUUGCGCAGGCGUCGAUAAUCCUCAGCCUCAACAAGACGAAUGACCUCUACGUGCCCGCAGUUUUGCAAGGCGUGAUUGCCGCCAUUUUCGGAUUUGUCGGACUUCGGGCCGUCUUCGCUCACGAUGCCCUCGCUGCAAGGGCAUACCUGUGGUCUUGGCCGCCGAGAAUCGUGCUGACACUGGUAGAGCUGGUGAUGCAACGGAUCAGGUUCGAGCGCUACGACAUGGGGUUUCUCUGGGGGUUUACCGUGGUUUGGAACAUCCCGCGCGUUCUCAUCCUUGCCUACUGUCUCAAGGUGGCAUGGUCGUAUUGGGUGGUGGUUCGGAGGAACAAUCGCGCGGCCGCAACAGCCGCGGACACCUCGGGGAGCAUCGAGCUUGAUGGGUCCCGCAGCUCUGUCGUGUAAGGGUCGCAAAAGCAUCCAACAGGCAAUGCACCCGACGAACCCGUGUGUGAUUUGCAUCCGUGUGCAGUGGCAGCAGCCAUCCGCAACAACCGGCACGAGCAGAAACGUGAGAAUAAUCUACGGCGAGAGGAGACCCCACGUUGCCCCCAGGGUGGCUGCUGUAAUAGAAUUGAUCACAUGGCACCUCCUCCAGCUGGCCCUCUAGGCUAUUGCCCCCCGAGAGAUAGGUAAAGUCAAUUUCGGGUCAAGGCUCAUUUUUCUUACUUGGUCGUCACCGUUACGCACAGGUUGCAGUGUAAAAUAGAGUUUGUUUGUGUUGGUAGCGUUUAGUGUAUACUGAGAGUCUCUCUCAUAUCUGACGAUUUUUUUUUUGACUGCGGGCGCCAACGAUAUUAUAGCUCGAUCUUGCUGAGUCCCAGCAAACAUGUAGAUGUCCUGGUCGUUUGGAUCCGGGUGCGCCACCUUGCGUUGGUUGCUUGCGUCGUCGUCACACGUGCACAGGAGGGAGGUUGGCAGUCGUGACAGAUAUCAAUCUGGCACGAGCGGGCUCAUUGUUACGGACAACUGCUGUACCGACGAAUUUGUUCGGUGGGGUGUUUAUUGGGUUUCUAUCACGAUAGUUUCGUCUGAGGCAAACAGGUGGAUGCGCGUGGUUCAUCAGGAAUAUUCCGUGAACGGUUGUGUUGGAUUUUGAAGAUUCAAACAGUUUUGUAAGUUUUUUGCAACGGGAGAUGUUGGAAAUCUGGGUUGGACUGAAGCUUUAGGGAAUCUGCUGCCCACGCGUUUUACUUUCGUCACGUACCGAUCUUGUCCUGCUUAGUUGCAGUCCGAUCCCACAGUAGUCGUUGGCUCUCCUCCUGUAGGCGCAGCUUCACACUGGACUGUAAUCAUGUGGACACAGCAGUCCUACAUGAUGCGAACAACGAAGCGUAAAUUU